AUGCUCGCUGCGGGUUCCGAUAUGGCGGCGCCCAGCGCGGGGUUAAGGCAGCGGCGGGCGGGGGGCGGGAGCUGCCCCGCAACCCCGGAGCGUCCCGGUGCGGGGCCGGUGCGCAGCGGGGUGGGACCCCUGCUCCCGGGCACCUUCUGGCUUACCCGCAUCGUGCUGCUGCGAUCCAUAGCGCUGCUUUACUUUGUGGCCUUCCUGGUGGCAUAUCACCAAAACAAGCAGCUCAUAGGAGAGAAGGGGCUGCUCCCCUGUAAACUCUACCUCCAGAGUGUUAAAAAGUAUUUCAAAGGCAAGAUAAACCUGGAUGCUUUGAGCUAUGCACCAACAAUCAUCUGGUUUCUGGACUGGUCAGACAUGGACAGCAUCUUGGACUACCUCUCCCUCUUUGGCCUGGCAACUUCAGCCUUUGUGUUGAUAACUGGAUGUGCAAACAUGGUCCUCAUGGCUGUCCUGUGGCUCCUCUACCUCUCGUUGGUCAACGUGGGACAGAUCUGGUAUUCCUUUGGAUGGGAAUCACAGCUGCUGGAAACGGGAUUCCUGGGGAUAUUCCUCUGCCCCCUCUGGACCCUCUCCUGCCUGCCCCAGCACACUCCUCCUUCCCCCAUCGUCAUCUGGGCCUUUCGGUGGCUGAUUUUCAGGAUCAUGUUGGGAGCAGGGCUGAUUAAAGUUCGAGGGGAUCGGUGCUGGAGGGAGUUAACGUGCAUGGAUUAUCACUACGAGACCCAGCCAGUGCCCAACCCCAUCGCCUACUUCAUGCAUCGCUCACCCUGGUGGUUCCAUCGGUUUGAGACUCUGGUCAACCACUUCAUCGAGCUGGUGGUGCCCUUCUUUCUCUUCCUGGGACGGCGGAUGUGCAUCCUGCACGGCCUCUUGCAGAUCCUUUUCCAGGUGCUUCUGAUCAUCAGUGGCAACCUGAGUUUCCUCAACUGGCUCACCAUAGUGCCCAGCAUUGCCUGCUUUGAUGACAGCACCUUGGGCUUCCUCUUCAGCCCCCAGGCAGGAGGGGUUAAGGACCACCUGGUGCAGAUGCAGCUGGAAGGGGCAGCUGGGGAGCAGCAUCCUCGGCCAUGGGGCUGGUAUGUCCGCAGAGUGGUGAACAUCUCCUUUGGCCUCCUCAUUGCUUAUCUCAGCAUCCCAGUGAUCCUCAACCUCCUCAACUCCAGACAGGUCAUGAACACCUCAUUCAACUCCCUCAGGAUCGUGAACACCUACGGAGCUUUUGGGAGCAUCACCAAGGAGAGGACAGAAGUUGUCCUUCAGGGGACAUCCAGCCUGGAUCCCAAUGACCCUGCUGCUGUCUGGGAGGAAUAUGACUUCAAAUGCAAGCCUGGGGACUUGAAGAGGAGGCCUUGCUUCAUCACCCCCUACCACUACCGCCUGGACUGGCUGAUGUGGUUUGCUGCCUUCCAGACCUACGAGCAGAAUGAAUGGAUAAUCCACCUGGCUGGGAAGCUGCUGGCCCAGGAAGAGGAAAUUUUAUCUUUGAUGGCAACGAACCCAUUUGCAGGCAGAGCACCUCCACGGUGGAUCCGAGGGGAACACUUCAAGUACAAAUUCAGCCUCCCUGGGGGGCAGCAUGCCAAGGAGGGGAGGUGGUGGAUUCGGAAGAGGCUUGGUCCUUACUUCCCCCCUGUCAACCUCCAGGGCCUGAAGAAGUUUUACGAAGCCAGGAAUUGGCCUCACCCCCUGCAGGACUGAUGGAGAACAAGCUGGGGAAGAGGGGCAGCAAGUCAGCUCCCUACAAACGUCAUGUUUUGCCUCUCUCUGUAUUUAUUUUUAUUUU